AACUUUCUUAUUUUGCAAAUGAAAUGACUGAAAAUGAAAUUUUAGAAAUAUUAAAUCAGACAAAUAUUAAUACGUUUGAAGAAAGAUUAGAAAAAGAAGGGUUUGAUAAAAAUAAAUUAUUAUUAUUUAAUAAUUUAGAUUUUAAUGAACCUUAUACAUUAACUAAAGAAAAUUUGUUUUCUGAUAAUAAAGAUAAUGAUGAAGAUUUGUUAUUAGAAGCUAAUGAAAUUUUAGAAAAUAUUAAUGAACAAACUAGUCAAAUAUCAGAACAAGAUGAUUAUAAUUGGGAUCCUGAAGAUUAUUUAAAUUCAGAUGAUGAUUAA